AUGCCUCUGAAGGCUGCGCUUCUCCUCGCCCUCCUGGCCACCUUACCAGUGUCACCGGCCGAGCUGGCAAGGAGCGGCUUCUGGGAGUACCUCAGCCAGCUGACGAGCGACAAGGACAGCCCAGAGCACGGCCAGAGCAGCAAGCUGGGCAGGGACAUAGUAAACCUGAAGGAAAGUAUUCAGGAUGGGGUCAGCUACAUGGGAAACUUCCUGGAGAAGCUGGCGCCCCUCAACAGAGGCGUCCAGCCCCGGCUCUACCACGACUCGGACAGCCUGCGGAAACUCAUCAGGAAAGAGCUGGAGAGCCUGAGAGUGAAACUGUCCCCAUAUGUGGACGAGGUCCACCACAAGGUCGGCAAGCACCUGGAAGAUCUUCGCUACCGGCUGCAACCAUUCACCGAGGAGCUCCUGGACCAGGUGUCCCUGAAAGCCCGGGAGCUCCGGCGACACCUUAUGCCCAGCCGGGAGGUGACGGCUCAGCUCCUGGAGGGCGCGGACGAGGUCCAGAGGUUCAUGGCUCAUUACGCCGACAAGAUCGCGUUCCACACAGACCAGGUGAAGGACAUUUUCCACCCCUACGCGGACAGGCUGGUGACCGAGAUCCACCGCAACGUGGAGGAGCUGCACAGAAACAUCGUCCCCCAUGCCCAGGCCAGCCCGGAGCAGCUCAACCAGCACAUCCAGGAGCUCUCCGCCAAGCUGACCCAGAACGCGAGGGACCUCCACCAGAAGAUCCAGAGGAACCUGGAGCAGCUCAAGGUGAAGCUGAGCCUCUACCCCGGCAGCCUGCGGGAGCCGCCGGCCCCCACGGACCACUACACGGAGGAGCUGGCCCGGGAGGUGCAGCGGCGGGUGGAGGAGUUCCGGAGGGACACGUACCUCCAGAUCCAGGACUUCACCCGGGCCCUCGACCAGGAGACGGAGGAGAUGAGACUGAAGCUCUCCUCCCGGCCCUCCCACCCGGGGGACCUCCAGGACGGCCCGCCCGCCGUGGAGGACCUGCACGCCCGCCUCGACGCCCUCUGGAGAGACCUGGCCCACAGCCUGAGCGAGCGGGGCGGCGAGGCCCACUGA